UUAGUUAAAUUUGGAUAUCCUCGACAACUUUUCUGUACCAAGAACCUAAAGCACGUCCUACAGAUUAUUUGGAAAUAAAAUAACAUAGAUUGCAAUGGAUACUUCAUUGACCUAUAAAACAUCAGAGGUAACUAUGACACGUAAGACCAGAAAAAUGCUUAAAGAGGAUGUUAUCGCAUCUUUUCUUAAACGGCAUUUGCCUGUUAAGAGACUUGUGACUAAUGAGCAUUCAAUCUCUAGCACACAUAUUUCACUUACUUACGUCAAACGCAAAAAAUCUGACCCAGUUAAACAGAAGAGGCAAAAAACUGCUCAUAAAGAGGUCAAAAGAAGGAAAAUCCUUCCUUUAAAAGGAAAUGAACACAGUUUUGAGAAUUGUAUGUCACUACACCACAUGUGGACACAGUACAUGCAAGAGGUGAUACAGACCAAUAGUUUACAUAGUGAAGGAGCACUUCAAGCUGCAUGCCUCAAGAUUUUGAAGAUGGAUUUGCAUGGAUGCAUUUUGACAGUGUGUCGUUCUAAGUGCCCUUCAUAUGUGGGUCUACAUGGAAUAGUGCUGCAGGAGACAAGGAAUAUGUUUGUUCUUAUCACUUCCCAAGAUGCAAUCAAAAAGGUACCAAAAAUGAACAGCGUGUUUGCCUUCGAGGUAAAUGGGCACAUUUUCACUAUACAUGGCAACCACUUCAAGGUCAAGGCUGCUGAAAGGUCAUCAAGAAAAUUUAAAUCAAAAGCAACAGUUGAUUUGUGAAGUACAUGUGUUUGUUCUGGACAUAAUUCUUUGACAAGAUCUAGUCCCUUGUUUAAAUGAAUUACCUUUAUUUCAAUAAAUUAGUUUCAUCAAGAUAUGUAGUGUUAUAAGUAUUGCAAUUAUAGGUGCCUUGUUUGAAUAGGAUAUACCGAGUGAAAACCAUAAAAGUUAACAGACAACAGACUGCUGUAGCUUAUAACUAAUUAUUUUUUCUACCAGAAUUCCGUCAGUCAUAUAUUUCUUAACCACUUAAAUUCGCCAAAAUGAACUGUGUGAGACUGCUAAUUUGUUGCAGAAUUUUAGAUUGAAUUUGUAUGCAUUUUUCCUGAAAAAAUGCAGCAUGGGAUGAGUCACACAGAAA